CACAGGCGCACGCACGCACAGAGGCACGCAGAGCCGGCGAGGCAGCGGCUGCUCCGGUAUUGUUAUCGUUGUGUGCGAGCCGCGGAGGGCUGGCCGGGGGCGGCGAGGCAAGAAAGUGAAGGCGGCUGAGCGAGGGACGCUGGGCGAGCAUGCCGCAGGAGAGCCGGCCCCGGGGCGGCAGAGCCAGGGAGCGCUGGGCGACGCGCUGAGAGCGCAGCAGCAAGAAGGGGCAUGUUCCCAGGAAAAGCCCGCAGGAGUCGCUGACGCCGCCCGCCGCCCCCGGCAGCGCUUUUUGCCUCCUCAGUCGCCCGCCGCCUUUUGUGUGGACAGCCCAACCCGUCUCCCAGGGCGCGGACCGGAGAGGAGGACGAGAAUAAGCGGCCAAGCCUCAGCCUGACCCGGAGCCGGGUCACCGCCGCCGAGGCAACCCCCCCGGGACCUUCUGCUGCCCCUUUGCGUCUCUCGGCCCGAGGCGCUCGCGGGCCCCGCUCCCUCGACUCUUCGCCCUGCCUCGCUCGCUCUGCCUCCUCUCCACGCUUCGUCUCCAUGUGCCGGAUAGCGGGAGCGCCGCCGCGGAUCCUGCCGCCGUUGCUUUUGGUGGUGCUGGCGGCCCUGCAUCAGGCCCCAAUAAAGGCAACUUGUGAAGGCACAUUAUGCAAGACUGGAUUUCCUGAAGACGUUUACAAUGCAGUCAUAUCCAGGGGUAUACAUGAAGGACAGCCUCUUCUGAAUGUGCAGUUUCGAAGCUGUGAAGAAAGCAGAAAAGUUCAUUUUGAAAGCAGCGCACCAACAGAUUUUAGAGUGGGUAAAGAUGGUGUAGUAUAUGCAGCUAGAAGUUUUCAGCUUUCUCCAGAACCUACUAAAUUCCUACUAUAUGCUAAAGACAAAGAAACCCAGGAACAGUGGGAAGUAGCAGUGAAACUAGUUCCUGAACCAGAAAAUGCAGAAAAGGAGCAAAAGAAAAUGGAUGAUAUUGUAUUUCCAAGGCAGCAAAAUAAGCACAGUGGUCAUCUACAAAGACAGAAGAGAGACUGGGUCAUCCCUCCAAUCAACUUGCCGGAAAACUCCAGAGGGCCCUUUCCUCAGGAAUUAGUUAGGAUCAGAUCUGAUCGUGAUAAAAGCCUUUCCCUGCGCUAUAGCGUUACUGGGCCAGGAGCUGAUCAGCCCCCAACAGGCAUCUUCAUCAUCAAUCCCAUCUCAGGUCAACUGUCAGUGACAAAGCCAUUAGAUCGGGAACAGAUAGCUUCUUUUCAUCUGAGGGCACACGCUGUGGAUGUAAAUGGAAACCAGGUGGAAAAUCCCAUCGACAUUGUUAUUAAUGUCAUUGAUAUGAAUGACAAUAGGCCUGAGUUCUUACACCAGGUUUGGAAUGGGACAGUCCCUGAAGGAUCAAAGCCAGGAACCUAUGUGAUGACUGUCACUGCUAUUGAUGCAGAUGACCCAAAUGUAUUGAAUGGAAUGCUGAGAUACAGAAUCUUGUCACAGGCCCCAAGCACUCCUUCUCCAAAUAUGUUUACAAUUAACAAUGAAACAGGCGACAUUAUUACAGUUGCUGCUGGUCUUGACAGAGAGAAAGUACAACAGUAUACAUUAAUAAUUCAAGCUACAGACAUGGAAGGAAAUCCAACAUAUGGUCUUUCAAACACAGCAACUGCUGUCAUUACAGUGACAGAUGUCAAUGACAAUCCUCCAGAGUUCACUGCCAUGAUUUUCUAUGGUGAAGUCCCGGAAAACAGAGUGGAUGUUAUAGUAGCUAAUCUAACUGUAACUGAUAAGGAUCAGCCACAUACUCCUGCCUGGAAUGCAAUCUACCGAAUGACCAGUGGAGAUCCCUUGGGCAGGUUUGCCAUUCUUACUGAUCCGAACAGUAAUGAUGGUUUGGUAACUGUUGUAAAGCCUAUUGACUUUGAAACCAAUAGGAUGUUUGUACUCACAGUAGCUGCAGAAAACCAAGUGCCUUUGGCAAAAGGAAUUCAGCAUCCUCCUCAGUCAACAGCAACUGUAUCAAUUACAGUCAUUGAUGUGAAUGAGAGUCCAUAUUUUGUCCCAGACCCAAAGAUUGAGCGUAAGGAGGAAGGGCUGCCUGCUGGUACCAUCUUAACGACUUUUACUGCUCAGGACCCAGAUCGUUACAUGCAGCAGACUACUCUAAGGUACUCAAAACUGUCAGAUCCUGCAAACUGGCUGAGGAUUGAUCCUAAUACUGGUCAAAUAACCACAACUGGUGUUCUUGACCGAGAAUCACCACAUGUCAAAAAUAACAUGUACAAUGCUACAUUCCUUGCCUCAGACAAUGGAAUUCCUCCUAUGAGUGGGUCUGGCACACUUCAGAUAAUUCUGCUUGACAUCAAUGAUAAUGCUCCCCGAGUGGAUCCUCAAGAAGCUACAACUUGUGAGACGCUGCAACCCAAUGCAACAAAUAUCACGGCGAUAGAUGACGACAUUGAUCCAAAUGCUGGGCCUUUUGCCUUUGAACUGCCAAUUAAUCCUCCUAGUGUUAGGAAAAACUGGACCAUUAUUCGUAUUAGUGGUGAUCGUGCUCAACUGGCUUUAAGGAUCAAAUUCCUUGAGGCUGGCAUUUAUGAUGUUCCAAUAAUAAUAACUGAUUCUGGAAAUCCUCCCAAGUCCAGCACUUCUAUUCUGAAGGUGAAGGUUUGCCAGUGUGACAUCAAUGGAGACUGUACAGAUGCAGAUAGGAUUGUGGGUGCAGGACUGGGCACAGGUGCCAUCAUUGCCAUUCUCCUGUGCAUCAUCAUCUUACUCAUUCUAGUUCUGAUGUUUGUAGUUUGGAUGAAACGCCGUGAUAAGGAACGUCAAGCCAAACAGUUGCUCAUUGACCCUGAAGAUGAUGUCAGAGACAAUAUUUUGAAAUACGAUGAAGAAGGUGGUGGAGAAGAAGAUCAGGACUAUGACUUAAGCCAGCUCCAACAACCUGACACCAUAAAACCAGAUACCAUCAAAUCUGUUGGAAUAAGACGACUUGAUGAAAGACCUAUUCAUGCUGAACCUCAGUACCCAGUCAGAUCAGCAGCACCUCAUCCUGGAGACAUUGGGGACUUUAUUAAUGAGGGACUUAAAGCAGCAGACAAUGAUCCCACAGCACCUCCAUAUGACUCCCUCCUAGUCUUUGACUAUGAAGGGAGUGGUUCUACCGCUGGAUCUUUGAGCUCCCUCAACUCCUCAAGUAGCGGUGGUGAGCAAGACUAUGACUACCUAAACGACUGGGGCCCACGUUUCAAGAAACUUGCUGACAUGUAUGGCGGAGGCGAUGAUUGAAUGCCAAGGUGGCAUUGGCUUUUGGACAAGUACAAAUCUUUCCACUGGUAUUCCCAACAAGCAUACAGAAGCUAGGCUUUAACUUUGUAGUCUACUAGCACAAGUGCUUGCUGAAGGCUUUGGCAUAGGCUGCAAACCAAUUUGGGCUCACUGGGAAUAUCAGUCAUCCAAUGCUGUUUGGAAAAGGAAAGCAAACAAUUGAGCUCAGUUACACUUGAAUUUUACAGUACAGAAGCACUGGGAUUUUAUGUGCCUUUUUGUACCUUUUUCAGAUUGGAAUUAGUUUUAUGUUUAAGGCUUUAAAUGGUACUGAUUUAUGAAACGAUGAGAUAAACCACAUUGGGGUGGGGAGAAAGUUAAAUCACCAAUAUGCUUCUACAUGCUUUUGUUACAUUGCAUUGCUUUUAUUAAAAUAAGGAAAGUUUAAAAAAAAAAAACCUCAUGGGGAAAUUUUGUUAUUAGGGGAGCGGUGGGGAGAAGGCCAUGAAAAAAAUGUACAAUACUUCUAGUUUUAGAUGUUAGGGUUUUUCACUAAAAUUCUAAAACUUAUGCAGCUGGUUGCAAAUAAAGGGAGUUUUCAUAUCACCAGUUUGUAGCAGAACUGAUUUUCUUUUCUUAUGAUAGAAUGUUAGACACAUUUUGGUCUUAAUCCAUAUACACAUUUUUUUAAGAAAAUCAUUUUCCAGUACUUUUUUUCCCACUUCACUGUAAAAAUAGUAUGUGUACAUAAUGUUUUAUUGGCAUAGUCUAUGGAGAAGUGCAGAGACUUCCAAACAUGUGUAUGUAUUAUUUGGACUAUGGAUUCAGGUUUUUGCAUGUUUAUAUCUUUCGUUAUGGAUAAAGUAUUUACAAACAGGUUGCAAACAAGUGACAUUGAUUCAAUUGUUGAGCUGUAGAGUAUUCAAGGUUUGGUUUUUUUUUUAAUUAUUUUUGUUUUGUUUUUUUUGUUUGGGGAGGGAGAAAAGUUCUUAGCACAAAUGUUUUACAUAAUUUGUACCAAAAACAAACAAAAAAGGACAGGAAAAAACUCUAGGGGUGGCCUGAUGAUGAUGGCUCAAGUAAUUACACAGUAUGUUAAAAAGAGCUUUUAAACCAGAGAGAUUGUUUGACAACAGCUUUGCCUCUGUAUUAUGUACCAGAAUAUAAAUGAUACACCCCUGACCCCAAUGUUCUGAAUAAAAUGCUAAUUUUGGA